UCAAUAAUUCAUUUCACCAUAGGUAAGAGCUAAAAACGUCAAGCAUAAUCACCUUCCCAGAAACAGCAAUGGAACUGCCUGUGAUCUUUAGUCUUUCACCGUCUUUUACCAAAAACUCGUUCCUUGUCUCCGCUAUUUUCAUCACUACGAAAAUCCCAUAGAACUCCAUGGUCAUUUCCUUGUCAACUCUGCAAAAAUAUUAUUGAUCAAAUCAUCCAAUAAAUUUUCGUGUUGCCCUGGUCUAAAGCUAGCCUUUCCAAGAAAUAUCCUUUCAGCCCAAUUCAAAUCUAUUCAAUUAAGGUCUCAUGACUGCACAAUUUUCUUAUAUUCAUAAGCCUAAGCCUUAAAAUGCAUAGUUUUGAUGCCUAAUCACUAUAUAAUGCAAUGUUCUCAAGAAGGCAAGACAUGCUUCUUUACCAGGGUGUUCUGAAAACCAUGCAAUUUCUUUUGCAUUUUUGUUUCUUUUCUAUGCUUCUUGGUCUUGCUCAUGCUGACCCUCCCUAUAACCUAUGUUUAAAGACAACUAAUAUUGCACAAGACAGUCCAUUUCAAUUGAACCUCAACAACCUCCUUGGUUCUUUCUCCUCAAAUGCUUCUGUCCAGAACUACUACAAUACCUCUAUUGGGAAUGACACGAAUCGUGUUUAUGGUCUGUUUCUCUGCUACAAAUUUGUUUCAGGAGACGGAUGUGAGAACUGCAUAGCCACUGCAUCACAGGACAUCAAAAGGCUUUGUUCAAACACAAGUGAUGCAGCUGUAUGGGAAGAGGUGUGCCAAUUGCGCUACUCUUACCAAAGGUUCUUUGGCGAAUUGGAUGUUACAGGUAACAUCCCUAGAAAUAACACGAAAAAUGUCACAGAACCAGACCGGUUUAGGUCUGUCCUGAAUGACACAUUGCGUAACCUCACCAAGCUGGCAGCUUUCGAUCCUUCUAUGGGUAUGUAUGCUACUGGAGAAGUAAAUUUUACAGACACCGACACCAUAUAUGCUCUGGUGCAGUGCACUACAGAAUUGUCUCAAGAUAACUGUAGUACAUGCCUUGAAACUGCGAUAACGAACCUUUCAAGUUGCUGCCCUUUUGCUCGAGGAGCCAGACUUCUUAGCCGGAGUUGCUUUUUGAGGUAUGAGUUCUAUGCUUUCUAUGAAGGCGCGACUGAAUUUCCUAAUUCAACUCGAAUUCAGAGUACAGUGUCAAGUAAGUACUCCUAA